AUGGAUGCCAACAGUGAUGCGGACGAGGUGGCGUUUGAGGUAGUGCGUCGACGUCGACGACCCACUCGCCCCGCACGACGCAAGCCAAACCAAGCCAGCCAAGCCAGCCAAGCCAGCCAAGCUAGCCAAGCUAGCCAAGCCAGCCAAGCUGGAGCAUCGAGCUGCUCUUCACCGUCAUCGGGGUUUACAUACGCCUCUCAACCUCGCCCCACGCAGGAUGGUGGUGAUGAGAGGGCGGUGGAGCGCGCGCGGGCAGUGGUCGACUGUAUGACCACCUACCUCGGCUCACAACUGCACACGCGCGAGGGCGAAUCGCUCGCACACCGUCUCGCACAGACGCUGCACACCGUUUGGUCGGGAGCAAGCCAAGUACCCCGCAAGAUCGUUUGUCUCGGGCUAGGGUCGCCGACGGGUAGCCGGAGUGCGCAGAUCCAGUUGGCGCUCCUCGUGGUUCUGCGCACAUUCUUCACCCAACUCGCCACUACAAAUCGACCAGAUACAGCCGACAGCAAGGACGCGAAACCUUGCACUCGGUCUAAAGACGAAUCGCUACCGCCAGUGGAGUGCGUGGCGUACGAUCCGGUCUUUACAUCCUCCGACACCGCACUUCUCGCACACUACAAUGUGCGAACACUGUCCAGCGAGAUCUCGCAGUGGUACGCAGAUCCACAAAGCUUACUGUACAUGCCGCACUGCGACCGCGAGCUGUACGAAGCGGUGCUCUCCACCUGGACGCCUCCCUACCCCUGGCUGCACCCCAGAACGCCGUAG